CACGUCCCCAGCCCGGCCGCAGCCCCCGCCCCCCUCACCUGAGGCUCCUAACCUUAGGGUCCCGCCGCCGCCCGCUCCCAGCCGCUCCUCCGCGCCCCGAACCCGCGCCGCAGGGCACCGCGGGGCAGCCGAAAUCCAUCCAGCCAUGGCAACUCCCUCUGCUGCCUUUGAGGCCCUGAUGAAUGGAGUGACCAGCUGGGAUGUUCCCGAAGAUGCCAUCCCAUGUGAACUGCUUCUAAUUGGAGAGGCCUCCUUCCCAGUGAUGGUGAAUGACAUGGGCCAGGUCCUCAUUGCUGCCUCCUCCUACGGCCGAGGCCGCCUGGUGGUGGUGUCCCAUGAGGACUACUUGGUAGAAGCCCAGCUCACUCCCUUUCUCCUCAAUGCAGUAGGUUGGCUUUGUUCUUCCCCUGGGGCUCCCAUUGGUGUACACCCAUCCCUGGCACCCCUGGCCAAAAUCCUUGAGGGUUCUGGGGUGGAGGCGAAGAUCGAGCCAGAAGUGAAAGACUCCCUGGGGGUUUACUGCAUUGACGCCUACAACGAAACCAUGACAGAAAAGUUGGUCAAGUUUAUGAAACGUGGAGGGGGCUUGCUCAUUGGAGGCCAGGCCUGGGACUGGGCCAACCAGGGUGAUGAUGAAAGGGUGCUUUUCACCUUCCCUGGCAACCUCGUGACCAGUGUGGCCGGCGUGUACUUCACUGACAACAAAGGUGACACGAGUUUCUUUAAAGUCUCCAAGAAGAUGCCCAAGAUCCCAGUCUUAGUUAGCUGUGAAGACGAUCUGUCCGAGGACAGAGAGGAGCUCCUGCACGGGAUUUCAGAGCUGGACAUCAGCAACUCGGAUUGCUUCCCGUCCCAGCUGCUGGUGCACGGGGCUCUCGCCUUUCCCCUGGGGUUAGAUUCCUACCACGGCUGUGUCAUAGCGGCUGCCCGCUACGGCCGGGGCCGCGUGGUCGUGACUGGCCACAAGGUGUUAUUCACGGUGGGCAAACUGGGCCCCUUUCUGCUCAAUGCCGUGCGCUGGCUGGACGGGGGCCGCAGAGGCAAGAUCGUGGUGCAGACGGAACUGAGGACACUGAGCGGCCUGCUCGCGGUGGGGGGCAUAGACACCAGCAUCGAGCCCCACCUGACCAGCGAUGCGAGUGUCUAUUGCUUUGAACCCGUGAGUGAUGUGGGGGUCAAGGAGCUGCAGGAGUUUGUAGCUGAGGGCGGGGGGCUGUUCGUCGGAGCCCAAGCGUGGUGGUGGGCCUUCAAGAACCCCGGAGUGUCCCCUCUGGCCCGCUUCCCAGGAAACCUCCUCCUCAACCCCUUUGGCAUCAGCAUCACCAGCCAAAGCCUCAACCCAGGGCCCUUCCGCACUCCUAAGGCAGGGAUAAGGACCUACCACUUCCGUUCCACCCUGGCCGAGUUCCAGAUCAUAAUGGGCAGGAAAAGAGGGAAUGUGGAGAAAGGCUGGCUGGCCAAGCUGGGGCCGGAUGGGGCAGCUUUCCUCCAGAUCCCCGCCGAAGAGAUCCCUGCCUACAUGUCUGUGCACCGGCUCCUGAGGAAGCUGCUGAGUCGGUAUCGGCUCCCGGUGGCAACCCGAGAGAACCCCGUCAUCAACGACUGCUGCAGGGGUGCUAUGCUUUCCCUGGCCACUGGCCUGGCCCACUCUGGAAGUGACCUCUCGCUGUUAGUGCCGGAAAUCGAAGACAUGUACAGCAGCCCCUAUCUGCGUCCCUCCGAGUCUCCCAUCACCGUUGAGGUCAACUGCAACAAUCCUGGCACCAGAUACUGCUGGAUGAGCACUGGGCUCUACAUUCCUGGAAGGCAGAUCAUAGAGGUCUCGCUGCCUGAAGCUGCUGCCUCUGCUGAUCUGAAGAUACAGAUUGGCUGCCACACUGAUGACCUGACCAGAGCCAGCAAGCUGUUCCGAGGCCCGCUUGUGAUUAACCGGUGCUGCCUGGACAAGCCCACCAAGUCCAUCACCUGCCUCUGGGGCGGCCUGCUGUAUAUCAUUGUGCCUCAGAGCAGCAAACUCGGCUCUGUGCCCAUCACUGUCAAGGGGGCCGUGCACGCCCCGUACUACAAGCUGGGGGAGACCUCCCAGGAAGAGUGGAAGAGGCGUAUCCAGGAGAAUCCAGGUCCCUGGGGAGAGCUGGCUACGGACAACAUCAUCCUGACAGUGCCAACCGCCAAUCUCCGUACCCUGGAGAACCCUGAGCCGCUGCUUCGCCUCUGGGAUGAGGUGAUGCAGGCUGUGGCACGGCUGGGGGCCGAGCCCUUCCCUUUGCGUCUGCCUCAGAGGAUCGUUGCUGACGUCCAGAUCUCAGUUGGCUGGAUGCACGCAGGGUACCCCAUCAUGUGCCAUCUGGAAUCCGUGCAGGAGCUCAUCAAUGAGAAGCUCAUCAGAACCAAGGGGCUGUGGGGCCCUGUCCAUGAGCUCGGCCGGAACCAGCAGCGGCAGGAGUGGGAGUUCCCGCCACACACCACCGAGGCCACCUGCAAUCUGUGGUGUGUCUACGUGCAUGAGACGGUCCUGGGCAUCCCUCGAGGCCGUGCCAAUAUUGCUCUGUGGCCUCCAGUUCGGGAGAAGAGAGUCCGAAUCUACCUGGGCAAGGGUCCCAAUGUGAAAAACUGGAAUGCGUGGACUGCCCUGGAAACGUAUCUACAGCUACAGGAGGCUUUUGGUUGGGAGCCGUUCAUCCGUCUCUUCACGGAGUACAGGAACCAGACCAACUUGCCCACAGACAAUGUUGACAAAAUGAAUCUGUGGGUGAAGAUGUUCUCCCACCAAGUGCAGAAGAACCUGGCUCCGUUCUUUGAGGCCUGGGCCUGGCCUAUCCAGAAGGAAGUGGCUACCAGCCUGGCCUAUCUGCCUGAAUGGAAGGAAAAUAUUAUGAAAUUAUACCUCCUCACACAGAUGUAAGGAGUGCCCAGCGAGGUGGCAGGCCCCACUGAACUGAAGUCAAGAAAUGCAAAAGAGAACUGGCACAUCUCAGCAAAGAAAACUGAACAGAUUUAAUUACAACUGAAGAAGAUCUCAACACAUUUCUGGAAGAGAGAAAAUGGAUGAAGCAUGAUAAUGAAUGAAAGAGUGAAGGUAUCUUUCAGACAGAGUAGAAGCUGAUCUGAACAACAUAAUCCCAAAGAAACAUGAGCACCUGAAAAGUCUAUAAAGAGUUAGAGCAGUUGUAAAAUUGAACCCCAUCCUUUUCUGCCCCAACCACUGUGCAUAGAACACAGGCAGUGUAUAAUUGGUAUCCAUUAAAAAUCUGUUGUUCUUGUUGGUUGUUUGUAUAGAAAUUGAAUAAACUGCCUGAGGAGAGGUAGGAGUUGGUGCCCCAGAAUAAAACUUCUCUUUUGUGGAAAUAAGUGACCUCUAGCCUAUCAGCUAAUUCUCUGACUGUUGAAACCCCUCCUCAAGUACCUAAGUGCUUCUAGUCCCAGAAGAGGCUUAUUGGAGAAACAGAUCCAACCAUACACUGGCAGAGGCCACCCAUGCCAACUCCUAUAAAAGUUAACAGUUAUAUUGAUUCUUAAAUGCAAACAGCUAGGAAUCCUCAGUCUUUGGGCAUGGGGUGGGGAGCGGUGGAGGGGGAAGACCAGGGGAGGAGCAUGUAGGAAAAACAACCAGUUAGGGGACACCUGGGCUGCUCAGUUAAGCAUCUGCCUUCAGCUCAGGUCAUAGUCCCAGGGUCCUGGGAUUGAGCCCCAUCUCAGUCUCCUUGCUCAGCAGGGAGUCUGCUUCUCCCUUUCCCUCUGCCACUCCUCCUGCUUGUGCUCUCUGUCUCUCUUAAAUAAGUAAAUAAAAUCUUAAAAAAAAAAUAACCAGUUAGAAUUAGAAGACUCAAAAAAUACAACAAACUCUAGAGGAAACAAAGUGAACAUGGAAAGAAUAACUUUAAAAAUCUAUAUCUUCAGGGCAGCCCCGGUGGCUCAGCGGAUUAGCACCGCCUUCAGCCCUGGGCGUGAGCCUGGAGACCCGGAAUCAAGUCCCAUAUCGGGCUCUCUGCAUGGAGCCUGCUUCUCCCUCUGCCUGUACCUCUGCCUUUCUCUCUCUGUGUCUCUCAUGAAUAAAUAAAUAAAAUCUAAAAAAACAAAAACAAUCUUAAAAAAAAUCUGUAUCUUCAGAGAGAUUUGAGGUGUAUUUGUAAAAUGAAUACAGAAUGCUACAAAGAAAGGAAAAACUGAGAAUAAAAAGAGCCCUUGAAAGUGAAAUAAAACUGCCCCAAAUAUUCAGUAAACAGGCUGGAAAAUAGAAACUCCUAAGAUAUAGAACAAAAAGAAAUAGCAAAUAAAUAAAUAAAUAAAUAAAACAAGGAAAGACCUAGACAAUCAAUAUCUAAGCAUUAGGACUUUCUGGAAAAAAAGAACAUACAAAGCAUAGGUGAAGAAAUAAAUUAAAUAAAUAAAUAAACUGAAAGAACCAAGUCUCCAGUUUGAAGGGCCCCCAUACAACCUACAGCUAGACACAAUCUUGUGAAAUUUUGGAAUAUUAAGGAUAGAAGGAAGAUAUUAAAAUUUCCCAAAAAGAGAAUAAAGUUAAACUAUCAUAAAUAGCUCAACUGAAAAGGGGAUAAGAAAUAGACUGGCAGCAGAUUUUUCAUUAACAACACGUAAGUGCUAGAAGCCAGUGGAACACUUUUUUCACUUAUGGAAAAUUUCUGUACCCAGAACAACAUAGCAAGCCAAACUGUCAAAGUAGACAUUCGCUGACAUGCAAGUUUCCAGAAAGUCUACCUACUUUGUACUCUUUCUGAGAAAGUACCUGGGGGAGGUUCUCCAGCACAAUGAGGAAGAAAACCAGGAAAGAGGAAAGAAUAAAAUCCAGAAAACAAUGGAUCCCACCCAGGAUGUCUCACUCUAGCAGACCCAUUUCAGACAAGAGUACAAAGUCUCAGGCUCUUUGUGAAGAAUAUACAUUCUGUUAAUAUCAUUGAGAAACUGGAAUGUUUGAAAAUAUGGAGGACAUACAUUCUUUAGUCAGAAAAAAGAAAACAGGAAUAUGCCAAGACACUCAGGUCCAUUUAUGAAACAACAAAAAUUCAGGGAACAUAAGAAGAAACUCAAUUUGAUAUUGGCGGUAGGUACUUCUCCUUAUAAGUGCCACAGGCAUCAUGAACACUGGAUAUGUAUGGAAGAAAAAGUCUUAGCUUCUAUUCAGCUCUCAGUAAGCAGUUUUUUAGCCAAACUAAUGCAGAUGCUGUGUGUUGGUAUUCAGUGUUCCGAUCAGCCUAGACACAAAACAUGAAAGGCUUAAUUUUUUAUUCAGAACUGAAAUUGAAUAUAAUUGAUCCUGACAAGUUAAUAAACCAGAGAGCAGAAAGAGGUUGAGAAUUGGUUGGGGAAGAGAGGUGGAAGGAAGAGUGGGGCUACUUAUAUAUUCACAGUGGGAAUGAGAAGAUAAAGUCUGCAGUUAAUGGAACCAGAGCUUGAGGAUACUAUACAGUCCAAAAUUAUAAAUUCCAUCAAUAGAAGUCUUAAAAAUGACAUAUCUAUCAAAAAUCUGGCAAGGGAUAGGCAAAGGAAAGGUGGGGAUAGAGUAAGUUAAAUCCUUAUCUUUUGUAAUGGGGAAUUAUUAAAGAUUGUCUAAAGUUAAUAAGUCAAGAAUUAUUGUUCAGACGUAUUAUUUAAUGUUAGCAAGUUAGUUAACAGAAGAUCUAAAAAUAGAAAUUGUUAAAUGCAUUGCCUCUAGGGAAGGGGUCUAGGGUUAAAAGGGAUGGGGUGGGAAACUGUGUUUUUCAUUUCAAGUCCUUCUGUACUAUUUAAUUUUUUACCUUGUGCAUGUAUUACUUUGAAAAAUUUUUAAUAAACUCAAAUAAAAAUUC